UUGUUUUUCUUUAAAUCAGCAAGUGGUUUUGGCCUUAAAUAUUUUCAGUGGGUUUCAUGAUAUAAUAGAUUUCCAGUGAGGAAGGAAUAAGAAGCAAUGCAGGUUAUUGUAUCAGUAACAAAGGUUCUGAAGGUGUUUAAUCCCUGAAUACUUACAAGUUCUUCAUAUAUAGAAAUGUCUGGCUCAUAUGAUGAUUCCGUUGGAGUAGAAGUUUCUAGUGAUAGCUUCUGGGAGGUUGGAAAUUACAAGCGGACAGUAAAACGAAUUGAUGAUGGUCACAGACUUUGCAACGAUCUUAUGAAUUGUAUUCAUGAACGGGCACGAAUAGAGAAGGUCUACGCUCAGCAGCUUACAGAAUGGGCAAAAAGGUGGAAACAGCUUGUAGAAAAAGGCCCACAGUAUGGAACAGUAGAAAGGGCUUGGUGUGCUUUUAUGUCAGAAGCUGAAAAAGUGAGUGAACUACAUCUAGAAGUAAAAGGUUCACUGAUGAAUGAAGACUUUGAAAAAAUCAAGAACUGGCAGAAGGAAGCCUUUCAUAAACAAAUGAUGGGAGGAUUUAAGGAAACCAAAGAAGCAGAAGAUGGAUUUAGGAAAGCUCAGAAACCCUGGGCAAAAAAGCUGAAAGAGGUGGAAGCUGCAAAGAAAGCAUACCAUGCGGCCUGCAAAGAGGAGAAACUGGCUAUAUCCAGAGAAACAAACAGCAAAGCUGAUCCAGCACUAAAUCCCGAACAACUUAAGAAAUUACAAGACAAAGUGGAGAGAAGCAAACAAGAUGUACUGAAGACAAAAGAAAAGUAUGAAAAAUCACUGAAAGAAUUAGAUAAUGCCACUCCUCAAUAUAUGGAAAACAUGGAGCAGGUAUUUGAACAGUGUCAGCAGUUUGAGGAAAAACGCUUACGUUUCUUUCGAGAAGUGUUACUGGAAGUUCAGAAACACCUCGACUUGUCUAAUGUUGCAAGUUACAAAAAUAUCUACCGUGAACUGGAACAGAAUAUCAAAACAGCAGAUGCUGUUGAAGACUUGCGGUGGUUUAGAGCUAAUCAAGGUCCAGGGAUGUCAAUGAAUUGGCCUCAGUUUGAGGAGUGGUCUGCAGAUCUGAAUCGCACUCUCAGUAGAAGAGAAAAGAAGAAGGCUUCUGAUGGAGUGACUCUGACUGGUAUUAAUCAGACAGGAGAUCAAGUUUCACAACCUAACAAACAUAGCAGCAGUCUUAGUGUCCAGAGUAACACAGUGCAGUCAGUACAAUCAAGUUACAAUCCCUUUGAAGAUGAAGAAGAUACUGGGAGUACUGUCAGUGAAAAGGAGGACAAUAAGAUCAAAAAUGUUAGCAGCUAUGAAAAAAACCAAAGCUACCCUACAGAUUGGUCUGAUGAAGAGUCCAACAAUCCCUUCUCUUCCACUGAUGCAAAUGGAGACACCAAUCCAUUUGAUGAAGAUACCUCUCCUGCAAUGGAGGUGAGAGUACGUGCACUCUAUGACUAUGAGGGCCAAGAGCAAGAUGAACUCAGCUUUAAAGCUGGGGAUGAGCUAACUAAAAUGGAGAAUGAAGAUGAGCAGGGUUGGUGCAAAGGACGUCUGGACAAUGGACAAGUUGGUUUAUACCCAGCAAACUAUGUAGAACCAAUCCAGUGACAAAGGACAAAGUUAAUACAGAAGUGUUAAAAAGCUCUGUAAGCCUGUACAGUAUAUAUUUAAAGUGAGGGGAAGCUGAAUGAUGUAUAGAGUGUACAUAUUUUAAUGAAAAGGCAAGGGCUUGAUACUGAAAUCAUGGUGAUUUAAAGACAAAAGUUUGAACUAAUAAUUUGACAUUGUUUUCACAACUUGUGCACAAUGCAAAGGAAAGGGCUUAGGUUGAAAAAAAAAAAAGUAUGAUAGGAAAAAUACUUUUUAAGCUUUUUCUUCCCACAUGGUCUACUAUUGUGACUCCUAAACAUUUUUGCAUUUUCUGUGCUUGUGCCUCAUCCUGCCCUAGGUAUGUGGCUUACGCUCACUUCUGUUUAAUCAGUUAUUUUAAGUGACCUUCAGUAAUUUGCAACUUGAAUUUUAAAGAUUAUUAUAGUUAAUUGUCUAUUUGUUCUUAGCAAUGUCUGAAAGAUGCAGUAUUUUUUUUAUUUAAAU